AUGACCACGAACAACCUUCAGAAAAUACACGCAAUGCAACUUAAGAUGAAGAUAUCAAUGCUGGGACUAAUCGUUCGAGAUAGAAUCCCAAAUAGAACUAUCAGAUACAACACGGGAGUGCGAGAUGCUGUCGAGACCAUUCUGCGUAUGAAGUGGAACUGGGCAGGUCACGUGGCCAGAGUAGCCGAUAGUCGAUGGAUAAGGAAGAUAUCACAAUGGAGAUCAAGAGUGUAUCAUACAGAAAUAGACGCCCAACAGCCCGAUAAAGUGACGAUAUAUGGAGACUCGCUGGAAACUGGAUGCGCACGGCACUGGACCAUAAAUAAUGGCAAAAUAUGA